AUGGAGCGUCUGAUAGGGGAUCUUUAUGAUCCGGCAAACCAGUCAUCCCCUCAGCACAUCAAUGUGAUCCAGACGCAGAUUCAGCGACUGCAGCGGGAGAAGUCUGCGUGGCAGCUCGGGCUCGACCUGCUGCACCAUGGGGAGGCGAUCGUACGGUUCUAUGGCGCAUUGACGUUGACCAUCAAGAUCAAUGCGGAUUGGGACAAUGAUGGUCUAGGCAGGGACGAACAGAUGAGGAAUUACCUGCUCGAAGCUUUAGUAACCAACUACAUACGUCUCAUCACUCUCCCAGAUUCGAAAUUUGUGUUGCAGAAGCUCGUCUCUACUCUCGUCACCUUCUUUGUGCGACCUGAUUCGGGUUGGACACUGCCACUCAGGCAUAUCCUGGCCUGCAUGAUUGGCAGGCAUUAUGUUCCUGAAGAAGGCUUACCGGAAAUCGAGCAGUUGCUUACUCGCUCCAACACCCUGUCUAAUCAUCAACUUAAAGGGGUCCUGCUGCUUGCCACGGUGAUCGCCGAGGAUCUGAGCAAUCGCACUUCAAGUACAAUGGACGACAGCAAGCUCAAUAGUCGCGUGGCUGCUAACAGUCUUGACGCGUUACAGCUCUUGAGGUACUUUGCAGCAUUUGCCCCAGGGUCCCGGGCUACAGCGUUAGCGAAUGGUCCCGAUCACCGCCAGGUAGAGGAAGAGUCAAAAGAUGGUAGAGCUGUCGAAUUGCUACACCUCGCUGUUCAAGCAAUACCAUACUGGACCAACAUGAUCAGAUAUUCUAACGGUACGGAGACUCGAAGACUCGAAGAUCUCGCUAUACAAUGUAUUUCUGCGGCCAGUAACUAUCUGGAAACGGCGGGUAUGACCGGGAGCGUCCUUCAGAUGCUAAUCUCUCUUGAGCACUCAUCGGCCAGACUUCUACAGCAAGCUCUUGCGGGUUUCCCGUCCACCAUCGUGUCCUCCAAUAUGGCCGCAGAAAUGGUGACUUUGCUAGUACGAGGCGACUUCAUCCCUGACGCUCUGCUCUAUGUCGAUUUCUUGGAGUCGAUCAUGAAUCGUGCUGACACCACCAAGCCUGACUAUCUACAUGAUCAUGGGUUGGCAGAGAUAGUUCAAAUCAUGGGUCGGCUACUUCGCUGUGACGGAGUGGCCGUCAUAGAAGACCCGGUCUGCCACAUCGUCCUCCAGAAAAUCACCGAGAUCGCCGAAGGAUCUACGGACUGGGAAGAUGUGAAUGACCCGGCAAUGGAGUUCCUCAAAACCCUAACAGCAGAUGCCUGCGAGGCGUGCCUUCUGAAGAUCAGAAUCCCCUCUGAGCAAAUGUCCAGUGAGACCCAAGACUGGGAUGUGGAUGACCGGGCAAGGUUUCGCGACUUUCGCUACGACGUGCACGAUUUCUUCCAGUCAGCUUUUACUAUACUGGGGAAUGCAUUGAUCGAGGAAGUCGUCAAUACCGUCGUUCAACAGGGAGCGCCACCGGAAUGGAGUACCUUUGAAGCCAGCACGUUCGGCCUGAUCGCAUUGUUUGAUUGUAUAUCCUCAGAGGCGGACACGUACGAUCUUCUGAUCACCACCGUACUGGGCAGCCCUGCUUGGAGUUACCUGCUUCAAUCUAGUAAUGUUCCAGAUCGGGCGUUGCAGACAGCAAUCAACUUCAUCGCCGAGAACGUCACUUACCUCGAACGGCAUUCCGACCGGCUCGUCCCUAUUCUCAAUUUCCUCUUCUCCUCGCUACACCUCCAAGCGUCAACAACUGCGGCUUCACGUGCAAUUUUCAAGCUCUGCGACUCGCAUCGAGUGAUACUUCGGGAAGGACUGCCCCAGUUCAUGGGAACCCUGGGCUCAAUAGGAGAUAUCGCCGAAGCAGAGAGACACCGAAUCUUUGCGGCUGUUGCAGCGAUCAUCCAAGCGCUUCCUGGAGACGAAGCGAAAACUGAGCCACUCACACAACUUCUGGCUACCAUCGGGCAAACCCUUAGAAGUGCGGACGAUGGCACCGUAGACAAAGACGGCAUGGUGAGAGUUUGCACGGACAUUGUACAAACCUUGGCCUCGAUCGGCAAAGGUUUGCGAUCGCCUGCAGAUGUUCCAGUCGACCUGGAGGCACCGACCACAAACCCAUCGGAGUUCUGGACGAAAGGGCCUGGUGCACAUGUGCAGCAGGAGGUUCUGGGCAUUUACCAUGCCACGCUACAAAAGGUUCAGUCCAACAUUGAUCAUGUCUUCGUCGAUGCAUGCUGUGACUUCAUCAGAUCAGGGUUCACCGAGACGCACCCAUCGCCGUUCAAGUUCUCAGACUCGGUCGGGCUUGACUUGAUAAUGGAGUUUAUCAGCGUCGACAAUCCGAGCAUCGACAACGCCAUGGCGUGUGCCACUAGCUACCUGGCCUCGGUGAGUUCCGAAAACAUACCAGUAAGUGUGAGGGCCGUGUUGUAUGCUGUGGUCUCCCAUCAGCAGCAUAUCCUCUCCAUCCACCAGCAGACUGCCCAGGGGCCAAGUAGCAGUUUCCCUUCUGCAUCGCUGGACUUCUUGGGGCGCUGCUUCGGUAAGUGGGGGAAGUUAUGGUUCGAGAUACAAGACUCUCAAGAGACGGUCGCGGUAGCUAUGGAGCUAGGAUUGAUGGUGAUGACAGAUUCUGACACGCUGCCACGACGAUCCGCAGCGGCAUUCUUCGCAGCAUUUGCUGACUUUAGCGGGCCUGAGACUGGACUUGAUGGCGAUGCAGGCGUAAGAGUGGGCACUGUCUUAGCUCGAUUUGGUCCUCGCAUCCUGUCACUGCUGCUGCGACUACUGGGUGGAGAAUGUGCGCGAUCCGAACUCGACAGCUUGUCAGAGACGCUGAAGCGAUACGUGCAGAAGCAACCGAUGCUCACCAAGGCAGUCUUCAGGGCAGCAGUUAAAGAAGAGGCUGGGGUAAUGAACGAAAAGGCACUCCAAGCUACGACGCUAGAACAACGGAAGCGGUUUGUCUCUCAGGUUGAGGCAUUGCGAGGAGCUCGGAAGACAAAUGAGGUAGUCAGGGACUUUUGGAUUGCGUGUAGGGGAAGUGGCUUUGGAUACAUCGCAUGA